AUCACUAAUUUAUCGAUAUUUUGUUUUGACAUUUCAUUGAAACAUUUAUCGGUGUGUGCUCAGCUUUGACAACCUUUCUUUUCCCUCUUUUGUCUCAUACGAGCAAGACGAAAUGGCGGCCCAUAAAACUUUCAGAAUCAAGCAAAAGCUUGCCAAGAAAUUGAAACAAAAUCGUUCGGUACCUCAAUGGAUCCGCUUGCGUACAGGCAACACCAUUAGAUACAACGCCAAGAGACGUCACUGGAGACGCACCAAGUUGAAGUUGUAAAUUUUAUGCUACCCUGGAUUAGAUUCUCAUAUAAUGAGAAUUCAUUUUUAUGUAGUGUUUACAUCUUCAAUAUUCGUAGUGUUUUUUGAUGUAUGAGUUUAAAUAUGUAUGUUAAUAUACACAGAAUAUCUUGGAAAAAAAUAUAAAAAAUAA